AUGGAGCUGCCAGAGAUGGGGACAACCAGUUCGAAACGAACAGAGGUUGGAGCGUAUUUCGCCGCGAAACACUCCACUGCUUUGACCGGGCCCAAGGGAGUGGCAAAUCACUGUUCGACCAGUUUUCUUCGCGAGGAGCUUGAAAAUCUCAAAACAAUUUGGUCUAAUCCAAAUCAAACCUCAACCUAUAUUCCCCAAAAGGGGUCCAUCAUCUUUUAUAACUCCCUUCACACUGAAGACGAAGGCAAAGAGCUGUCGAAGAAACUAGCUGAUGCUUCUCUCGACAUUCGACCAGUUAUUUUUCGACCAUCAUUCUUAUGCACUCCUGAGUUUGAUGAAUGGUGGAAGGAUUAUUAUUCCAACAAAUUUUUUGACGUAGCUGCUUUUGCUACACAUUUGACAAAUGCUUUCGCUUUUGUGCAGGAUCGGACCAAAAAAGGUAUUCCACGACAUAUUAAGGAAAUACAGAAAUUUCAAAAAUAUUUUGAAACUGCGUAUAGACCUGAUGAUCUUAGUCGAACCAUAUGCGAAGCAGCGGCCGAAUUAAAACGUAAAUUGACAGAGAAGUUUAAAAAACUGUCAUUGCCUUCCAAUCUUUCACCAGAGGCGCGCUAUGACCUGGCUUUCAAUUGUCAUCCACCAAAGUUUCCUCCUUUGCCAACUGCUGACUUUGGGGUGGCGUUUGGUUUUCCACUUCCAGACUGGUUCCUUUGUGGGGAUUUUAUGAAAAUUCUUCGUCAAAAGUAUCAAAAACCUGCUGAGCGUGUGGUUCCGACUAAGUAUCAUCUGGGCGAAUAUCCAGGACACCUUCAUAUUGGAAUAGAACACGUUCGCGUGGAAGAUACCAUUCUUGAAGGUGUUCACAGAAAAAUAUGAUUUUUCUUUCUGUUAUUCUAACUGUCUUAUCAUGUAUCUCUUAUAUUUGUUUCUGAAUUUUCUUUCUUUCCUUAGCCGUGAAGAUCCCUGCUAAGAAAGCUGCUGUCGAAGCGUCGCCCAGUACUGCUAAGAAGCCUUCGACAAAGGUAAGUCGAAAACCCUCAACAAUCCAAAAGAAGAAGAGUGAAGAGGAGAGAAAAGAGGAUAAAGUCCCUAGUGAAGAGUCUGGUGAU